AUGAAAAGGAAAAAGGGGCGACUUUCAAAGUAUUACCGUGACAUCCCUGUUGUGAACUUUUCAGUUUUCUCAUUAAUAUCUCUUUUUUUAGUCUUAAUUAAUAGUUGGGACAAAAAACAACAUUUUCUUUUGAUUGCUAAGCUUCAGGAUAAAUUAAAAGGAAUGAAGGAGAAGUUUGAAAAUGAGGAAAAUGAAUAUUUUAAAACUCAAGAAGAGGUCUCAAAUAUGAAAAUUCAAUUAAAUCAAAAACAACAACAAUUGGCAAUUCGAAAGGCGAACAUUCGAAAGUCUCCAACUCCAAAAAUUACAACUCGAAAGCCUCCAGCUUUAAAACCUGUUACUCGUAGUUCUGUCUCUCCAGCUCCAACUUCUGCCAUUCAAACUCCUGCUACUCCAAGAAUGUCAAAGACUAUGUUUCCGUCACUUUCUACUCCAAAACUUACAAAAUCUAUUUUGAAGCCAACAACCCCAAAACGUAAACGUCAUGCUCCUUCACAAUCUCCACCACCAAAGAAACUGCCAUUAAAGGAAAGAGAUCCGGAUAAGACAAUGGAAACCGACAAUGACAACGAUGCUGAUGACUCUUUUAAUUUUUGGAAUGAUUAAAUUUUGAAGAAAAAUUUUUGUUUGUUAAAAAUGCUCCUUUGACUUUCCGGUUAAUUUUAAUUUAUUUUUUAGGUAAAAGUUAGGUUUAUGUGACCCCGUUUAGCCAUAAAAUUUUAAUUUCUAAAUUGUGUCGAAUUUGGGUCCGGGAUUUAAAAUAAAUAAAAUUUUAACUCAUAUUCGGACCCAGCACACUUAAAAUUACCUACAAGGGGUGUGGGGUUGGGGUAUCUAAGGGUUGGCCCUUAGGGGGUGAAGUUUCCAAUGUGGCGCCAAAACUACCCCGCGCCCUAAUGUCAGUCCCAGGCGGGGUGGACGCAAUUGAAAAAAAUUUUCCGCAGCCGCAAUCCGCAAUUUUUAUUUUAAAAUCCGCAGACGCAAUCCGCAAGUCAAAAAAAACACGCAUUUUUACGCAAUCCGCAAUUGCGUCCAGCCCUAGUCCCCAGGGUGUGCGAGUUUCGCCUUUCGCCGAUUUUCGCCUUUUUGGGUUUUCGUCUUUCGCUUUUUAAAAUCACUUUCGGGCACAAUCUCCUUUUUACCUUCUGGCAAACCUCUAAAAUAUUAAAAAAGCACUUCCUCAUUUUUUCAAGGGUAAAUGAGAGAAAGGUUCACACAAACCCAACUUUUACCUUAUUUUAAUUUAAUUUUUUUGUUAAUCUAAAUUUUAAAUAUAAAAUUUAAUGUUUAUUUUGAACAAUUAGGAGCAAUUUAGGUAGUCUUUUUUAGGGAGACUUGAUCCUUUUUAAAGGUUUAUAUUUCUGUAUUUGAUCUAAUUCCACAGCCUUUAAGUAAGUUAGCUAGGGCCUCUAUUUUAGUUUGUCUUUGUUUGCGUUGUUAGCCUAUUGCAGAGGGGUGUGCGCAAAAAUUUUGACGAAACGAAAAACGUUCACACAUUGCCGGGAAAAAAAUCGCGCAUUGCCGGAAAUAUUAUUAAUCUCUCCCUUCUAUUGUUUAACUUAUCUAAAUAAAUCUUUUCUUUUUCCCAGUUUUAAUAUUUUUAAAAGACCCCCAACCAGACGUGGGCGAAACGUUUCGUUUCGUUUCGUUGUU